AAUCGGCCUUAAAUAUAUGACAUCGUUGAAAAUAAAGCUUUAGGCUACGACAGUUGAAUUGUACUGCGAUGAACUCAGAAGCGACCAACCCAUUUCUAUAACUCUGCCGUAAUAUGUCCUUUUUCACGUGUUUGUGGAUAUUUACUUUGAAAUAGUUAAUUUCUUUCUAAAAAUUUAAUUCAGUAUUUCUUAAACAAUUCAACGUUCACUUAUCUAUAUACAUUAGAUAUAUUUUUUGUAUGCACAAAAUGUCUGGAACAUUAAAACCGUAUUUAACUGCCGUCAGACGUACAUUGACUGCUGCUAUGUGUUUGGAGAAUUUUUCAUCGCAGAUCGUUGAAAAGCAUAAUAAACCCGAAAUUGAAGUGGCUAGAAGUAAAGAGUUACUGUUAACGCCAGUCAUAAUCAGUAGAAAUGAUAAGGAAAGAGUUUUAAUUGAGUCCAGUAUCAACAGUAUGAGGAUAAGUAUAGCUGUAAAGCAAGUUGAUGAUAUGGAAAGAAUUUUGUGUCACAAAUUCACACGAUUUAUGAUGAUGAGAGCUGAAAAUUUCAUGAUUCUUAGAAGAGUACCUGUUAAAGGAUAUGAUAUUAGCUUCCUUAUUACCAAUAUUCAUGUAGAACAAAUGUACAAGCACAAAAUAAUAGACUUUGUUAUCCAUUUCAUGGAAGAAAUAGACCGAGAAAUAAGUGAAAUGAAGCUUUCUAUGAAUGCUAGGGCUCGAAUCUGUGCCGAAGAAUUUUUGAAAAGGUUUUAAUGACCAAAAAAUUGUUAAUGAUUAUCCUGACAAAUAUAAGAAUUUGAAUCAGUCUGAAUCAUUUAACAAUCGCAUUUGUAAUGGUUUCAAUUACCAGAAGCGGCUUUCUUCUAGCGAAGCAAUGAGAAAAUUUUUAAUUUAGAUAAUAAAAUGUUUUAUAAUUUUCUUUGAUACUUACUGAUUAUCAUAUUAAUAAUUGGUGAAGAAAUAUUAUUCAAGGUAAAGUGUUCAUAACUAGAAUUUACAAGAAUUUUUAUCUAAUAAAAAUACAGAUAUCGCUUAAUGUGCAAUUAUAUUACAAUGAAACAAACAUUUUGAUAAAAUAAUCAAUUUCAAAAAUCAAUUGUUAUUACUUCAAAAUAUUAGAAAUUGAAAUAUUGAAGGAUUUUAAAGAACAAAGUUCUAAAUAAUUCAAGGGAAUCAUCAUUCGAUUUUUAUUCAAAUUUUUUUUCACUCUUGUCAAUUGUGGUGAUAACUUUACAAUUAUUGAUAGAUACUUAUAACAUUCAUGAUAUUUUUAAUUAAUGAAUGAGCCAGAUUUUUUUCUUCAUUUUGAUUAUGAAUGUUGAAUUGAUGCUAAAAUUUUUGCGAUUUAAAAUUCAAAUUAUUGUUGAUAACAAAGUGCUUUUUAAGUAAUUAGGUACUCUAUCAAUAUUGAUAAGAUACUGUAAAAUUUUUCCUGCCAUUAAUUUAACAGUAUUUUAAUUUUUAAAACUAUUCUGAAAUUUAAAUAGAUCAAUUAAGAAAUAUUUUUGCAUCGGUUCAAUAUGUGUUGAACUUACAACAAAUGCAUUUAGAUAUAAUUGUAAAAAAUUUUUCCAUCUUAAUUUUAUCAUCAAUUGUAAUCAGUAGAUUACUCUCAUGUAUAUAUAAACUUUUUAAUAUAUAUAUAUAUAUAUAUAUAUACUGAGUAAUUGAGUAAAACUAUUCCGUUGGUAUUAACUCUGUUAAGAUUUAGUAUGGCAGAAUGGUUUUAUUGAAUACGUUUUAUAUAUGUAUACAAAAUACAUGUACAAUAAAGUUUAAGUACUGGAUUUAACCGUAAA